GGGCUCUCUCUCUCAUAUAGACUUCUUUGAGGCCCCUGUUGAAGAUACCGCCUUUGUUGGUAUUAUUUGUGACAAAGAGACUGUUAACGACGAUCAAAGAGAGUGGGAAAGGCGGUUGAUUCUGCGCAGUGCCGAACAAAAGAUAUUGUCUGCUUCUCCUCGAGCUUCACGGGUCGAAGCAUAUAAAAGUGAGAGUGUCCACAUGGAAUGGAAUCUCGUCCAAGGCUAGGAGCAGCAGAUUCUGUAUUUCGAACCUUUCGUAUGGUUGCAGGACAACUUCUUCGGAAAGCCACAAAACAAACCUAUUCUUUUCAUCGGUUUGAUUCAACAGACAAUCCAGCUGCAUGACGUGCACGAACACCAAGGUGAGUGAUGUCUACCCGACGACCAACACCGACCCCAGGAGGCCAGGGGUCCAUCAAUUCCCACAUGCAGACCCUCGACCCCCUCGCCGCUUGCUACCGCGACUGUAAACCGUUGCUUCUCCAUCCAUCCUCGCCGACGCCACAGGAGUUCGAGACGGGGGUCAGAGCACUGGUCAAGUUUGGGGGCACGGUCGACUGGGACGUCGUGCGGCGCCGGUUACGCGAGGAGGCGACGAUGGACGAACUCGCGCGGACGAAACGGUACCUCGCGCUCCUGGUCCCGUUGUACGACCAGCUCCUGGUGGCGAGGGGCCUUCCGUCGGCGCCGGUGGGGGAUAUCGUCUUUAAUGAGAAUGGUUGGAGAAGGAUCGUCAGCGAGUGUGAGGAAGUUCUCCUUGACGGGUCGACCCAGGCCUGCUGCUCUUCGUGCGCUUCGUGCCGUUCGUCCUCGUCGAAGGCCGGGGGGGAGGGUCGGACGUCGCAAUCCUCUUCCUCGUAUUCGUCCUCUUCCGUGCUUUCCCCCUCCUCCGCCGUCUCUUCCGCACCUUCCUCUACCGCCUCGCCGAAUAGGGUGCAAGCGGAAGCAAGGAUACGGGCCAAGCCCGAGCUGCGCAUCUUCUACCACGGCGAGGACAUGAGGUGGGGCGUCCCGGUCCCGGUCUGCGGUUUCCCGCCGCGGAUCGCGUUCACGCAGGAAGGCACGGUGACGGACGGACACCUCACGCUUCCCCUCGGACCGGGGACCACGGGCGAAGCCGUCCUGCUGGAACUGUUCGCCAGGGAGGACUUGCCGGGUUCGUUUUCCGGGGCCGUCGUCUCGGCGGACGGGUGGCUGUCGUACGGGGCUUUCCAGACGGUCAGGGUGGGGCCCGGGACGCUGGGGGAGCGGCAUCUCCUGCCGAUGAGGUGUCAGGGUCGAAAGUACGGCCUUCUUGGUGGCGGCUUGAACUGGGAAAACGCGGCGAGACCGGAUGGCGUGGGGCGGGCCCGGAAUGCGCACAUGGCGAACGCUUGCACGGCGGGUCCGGUUCCGGUUCCAGGUAAGUUUGGGGGGUCCUGCGGGUGGAAUGCGAACGAGACACCGCAAAACUCGUUUCAGGGGGGGGAUCCCUUCCACAGCGGCAACGCCAACGACCCUUUCACGAGUAGGUCGAACGGGUUGUUUUCUAAGCCGGGCGGCGGCGGCGCUUUUGCACAGCAGCCGAGCCGGGUUGAAGAUGUGGAGAUGGGCGGUAUGGACGAUGUAGGUGCCUCGUUUUGUGCGUCGCGCCCUCGUUCUGUGUUUGAUGCGCCGUUUUUGCAACGGGGGUUCGGGACCCAUAACACGAUACAGGCUCAACAACAGGUGAAUGUGUUUUACGGCGGCGGCGGCGGUGCUGGUGGUAAUAACGGCACUGACAGUGGCGGACUUGGCAAGGUUCGCAUCGACGUGUUGCUGGAUAUGAUUCUCGAGGCUCAUGAAUCGCAGAAACAGACUGCAGAUGCAGGGUCGGACGAUGCCGAGUCUGAUGAGUCGGCUGAGUCGGCUGAGACCGAGCAGUCGGAAGAGUCUGAGGAGUCCGAAGAGAUGGAUGUAGAAACGCCCGAGCAGCCUCAUCUUCAGAAGAACGGCCUCUCAAGUACAAUCAGGGGUAAAAAUGGCGGCUGGAAGAGACCAAGUGGUCACGCUGGACGCAAGCCUACAAAGAAGUUCAGGAAGAGAGUAUCUCGUAGAAGAGGAAAAAGAUAAAUAUACAAUGCAAUAAUCUGUUUUGAUGACUUUGAGUGCCUUUUCCUUUUCCUUCGUCUCUACCUUGUUAGGAACAGAAAUGUGGACGGGGGUCUUCAAGUCUCC